AUGCGCAACUGGGUUCAACUCCGUAUUGAAUGCGACUACAGAAACACCGGCGACUCGAUGGUUAGACUCCUUUACGAAGCCGAUGAAAAUACGACGAUCUCCGAGAAAGGAGAAGCCAUUGGAAGGCGGACAACUUUCUACCUGUUCAACAUCGUGCUUCCAUCACUUGUGGUUUCAUUGAUGACUCUAGUUGGGUUCUGCCUUCCAGCUCACGAUAUGAGUGAAAAAAUUGGAUACCAGACUACAAUACUCCUUUCUAUUUGCUUCUUCGUUACAAUUGUCAGCGAAAUGACACCUACAACAUCUGAGUCUGUUCCAUUGUUAGGAAUCUUCUUCUCAACGCUCACGCUGAUUGUGUCCGUUUCCACAACAUUCACCAUCACUGUUCUCCACUUUCGUUAUCGGCAACCUCAAAAUGCACGGAUGACUUUGAUGUUCCGAAGUUUAUUCCUCGACUUGCUCCCCAGGCUCACUUUACUAAGAAGGCCAAAACAAUCACGUCCAAAUCUCUCACUAUCGCGGCACUCUGCCAGUCAGCUAAAACACUUUGGAUUGAGCACAAACAAUAUGACUGCUCAACCAUCGGCAACGGCAACACUGAGAGAAGCGAGAACAGAUAGUUACAAGUUAGAACAACUCCAUCUGCGUCGUAAAGUUGGAGCUGGAAUAUUGAGGUCCAGAAGUGUGAAGCGGAACUGCCCUGCAAAACAAAAAACGAAUACUUCAUUUCGCUUUCUGAUGCAUUGUUCAGCUAUCAGUACACAAACGACAUGUUCCAUUUACAAAGUUGACUUCGCUCACCAUUACUUUUUCAUACGCACUAGAUUGAAAAAAAUCCGCGAAAGGAUUGACAGAACAACAAAUGUAAUGAAAGAGCAGGAAGAUUGGAAAUUCGCAGCAUUAGCACUGGACCGCCUCUGCAUGAUAAUAUUCACCCUGUUGAUUACUUUGUGUUUAGCAUCUAUUACAUCUUCAUCGCCAUAUUUUCACACGUAG